GCCAUUUUCAAAAUGGAAGAGUUUCAUAGGGGGCGCACAAAAGAAAUCUGAAAUACAACACCGUGUUUCUGAGCGAAAAAGCAAGAGCUCUCUAAUUAGGGUGCAUUCUCAUAUUGGUUUUAGUCACUAAAAAGACCUAGUGUUAUGUAGGCUAAUUAGGAUUUGAAUGCAAGCGGCCUGUUUUCACAACUCUGUUCGUAAGGACGCCCUCAGUUCAACUUGAUCUGUUACUGCAUCUCAAAACAGGAUUAGAUUCGAGAGGAGGGGCUUUAAAGCAGUGCGCUACACUACUCCUGUUUUUGUGCGGUCUGUUUCAUGCUUGUAAUGCACAACUAGGAAAUGCACAAAUUUCACGAUGCGCCGAUGUGCGCAUCGAAGAUGUUGGGCUGUUGCAGACGGUGUUCUGGCCAGUGAGAAAGACUCCCGCUGUCAUCAUCUGUAACCCCUUUUGAACUGAAGUUAACCCGUGAGGAUGCCACCCCAGAGAGUGUUCGCUCUGCCGAGGCAACAGUCCCUUCUUCUACCGGCGGUGCUCAAUCCGUUUGUGCAGGAACAGAAAUUAACCAAGGCCGACAAAAUUAAAUGUGCACUCCUGGGGCUAGUGCUGCUUCCUCUUCGGUGUCUCCUCCUGACAGUGGUGGUGCUGUUAACAUGGCCUUUGGCUACUUUAGUAACUUUCAAAAUGCCUCUGAAAGGAGCGGUGGAGCCCAUGACUGGAUGGAGAAGGUUUCUGUGUCGGACGGUGAUAGCCUUUCUGGGCCGGAUGUAUUUCUUCAGCCUGGGCUUCCGGGUUGUGGUGAGGGGUAGAAAGGUGAGCAGUGGCGAGGCGCCCAUCUUGGCCGUGGCGCCCCACUCCAGCUUCUUCGAUGCCAUCGUGUGCAUCAUCGCCGGCCUCCCUUCUACAGUGUCCCGUUCAGAGACCAUAUCCACGCCAAUUUUUGGCAGGUUUCUGCGCUGUCUGCAACCUGUGCUGGUCUCUCGAAAAGAUCCAGACUCGCGUAAGAACACGAUCAAAGAGAUUGAGAGCAGGUCCACAUCAGGAGGAGUCUGGCCACAGGUUUUGAUCUUCCCUGAGGGCACAUGUACCAAUCGAUCCUGUCUUAUCACAUUCAAACAAGGUGCCUUUAUCCCUGGUGUCCCAGUGCAACCUGUGGUCCUCAGAUACCCCAAUAAGCUGGAUAAUGUGACUUGGACAUGGCAAGGCCCAACGUCGGGGACUUUGCUCCUUCUCACCCUGUGUCAGCUCUACACAACCGUUGAGAUUGAGUUCCUGCCCCCUCAAACCCCCACCGAGGCCGAGAAGAAAAGCCCCACUCUUUUUGCACAGAAAGUGCGAGGAGUCAUGGCAGAAGCCCUGGGGAUCCCGGUGACGGACCACACCUUUGAGGACUGCCGUCUCAUGAUCUCUGCGGGGGAGCUGACUCUGCCCAUGGAGGCCGGCCUCGUGGAGUUCACCAAGAUCAGCAGGAAGCUGGAACUGAAAUGGGACAAUAUCCAGAAGGAGCUUGAAAGCUUUGCCUCUAUUGCCAACUCCAACAAGGGUGGCCGCAUCAAGAUCGAAGAGUUUGCAAACUUCCUCAAGCUUCCCAUCAGUCCAGUCCUGCAAGAGCUGUUCGCUCUCUUUGACAGGGAUGGGGACGGCACUAUUGACUUCAGAGAGUAUGUAAUUGGAGUUACAGUUUUGUGCCGACCUGCCAACACAGAAGAGGUCAUUCAAAUGGCUUUUAAGCUCUUUGACACCGAUGAUGACCAAAGCAUCAGCCGAGAGGAAUUUGCUAGUAUGCUGCGCUCUACUUUGGGUGUGUGUGAUCUCAAUGUGACCAAACUCUUCAAAGACGUUGACGCUGAUGGAUCUGGCCACAUCACCUAUACUGAGUUCCGCUCCUUUGCCCUGACGCACCCGCAGUAUGCCAAACUGUUCACCAAUUACCUGGAGCUGCAGCGCUACCAGGCCCUUCAGGGGGACGACACAGACAUAGUGGGCUACUUCUCCUGCGUGCGCUCAGACGAGAGCCAGGAGGAGAGCACCUCCGACAAGAAGGACGACUGAUAGCAGCGGGUGCCUUGGGAGGACGCAGCCCCUGUCUCUAAUGCACUGAACUGAACUGAACUGACUGUCAGAACCACUGGAACUAUAACAGAAUUGGCAUGUGAGGAGAUGCCAAACUGUUGUGAAGAGGUCACUCAGAUUUAUGGAACCCUUUUUUUUUCAAAUCUGCCUUAGGGGGAAAGGCCUUGUGUAGAGACAAGAGGCGCCCCUUCAUAAAUCAAAAUUCAGUACAUCUUAAUUGGGAGUUAGUUCUCAGAGUAAUACCUGGUUUCAGCCAUAGCAAUCAGUGCUUUAACAUAUAAAUGGUACUUACAAAAUGAUCUAUGUUCAAAAUAAAUUUUACUUGCAUAAAUGUAAUCAUGCCUUUAUUCCCCAAACACUUUAUUUGUGUCUUGAGCUAGAUGUUUUUAAGACCACUAAUUUUGAGAGCCUAAAAUUUGUAAUUUUGUACAUUUUAAACAUUGGUAAUUAUACAAAUGCUUUUUUAGAAAAGUACAGGGUUCACACGGUCAUGAAAAUCAUGGGAAAAUCAUGGAAUUCAGAAAAUACAUUGAAACGUUUGCCAAAGUCCUUACAUUUUAUUCUGUUAUAUGUAGGUCUAAUGAAAUCAAUUAUGUUAUUGUUCCAUGGAUGCUGUUUCGUUGUGCGAAUUUCUGCUGCAUGCAGACUAAGUCAAUUCAAGUUCGCCCAACUAGCCUGUUAGAAGAGGAAGGGAAAAGGUUGUUGUUUAAUUUUCAUGCAAUAAUUCGGCCCAACCUGUGGAGUAAAGUACGCAAUUUUGUGUACUUGUAGGUUGUGAAGGGUCAUGAUCAUUUCAUUAAAGGUCCUUGAAAAGUAAUUCAAAAUGUUUUAAAUGUCAAUGAAAAUGGGUGUGAAUCCUGAGAGUAAUUGAUUUUGAGCCCACUGCCCAAAAGGACCUUUGACUUACAUGUCAUCCCAAAGUAAAAUUUGUUUUGGUUUAAUUAAAGCUGGCUUCUGUGUGAACAUGAUAUGGGCAAGUAACUGCAGAUUUACAAGUCUUACAGAUCAUUAUUUUUUACUCUUGCUGCGAAAUGUUCUUCUGAGGAGCAGCUACCCGAAAAAAGCCACUGGAGUUUCUUGCUCUAGAGAUUACCGAGUGUAUGCUGUGUUUCUCACUUUCUCUCUCCGCUCAGGGACUCUGCUCCAGAAAGUCGGCAGUAAUCAAAGGUUUUGCUGUGUAUCUGUUUCUAUUUGCAUUUCUAUUUAAGAACAGUGUUGCUGAGACAGCAGCAUAUCCCUGCAGCUUUUGUAGGCUAAUGCCCAGCAGCUUCAGAAAAAAAUAGGGCAAUUUGUGAGCAAAAAGGCAACAGUACCGACAUACAUGCCGGUAUACCAGGGGGAGGUAGGUUUCAAAUUAAUGUACUGCAUUAUUUACUUAGCCAUGCAGAAGCCAAUUAUAAAUGAUUUUUUGUUAACACAGCACAUUUAGCUUAUUUUGCAAUAAAAUCUUUGAAUUUUUUUCUCC